GUCCAGGAAUUUUACCACAAGGAAAUGAUAAUUUAAAAAUGAAUGGUGCCGGUUUUGACAAUUUAAUCGAUGAUCUAAUAAAAGAAUGGGACAAUAUGGACACGGGGUCAUAUUCCAAUCAACAAAAUCAACAACAUUAUCAUGCCCCUUCAGAUGUUCCUACUCAUUCACGUAGCAAAAGUUCCACUAGCAAUCAUAGCAAUUCUAAUUAUAAUAAUAACAACCAAGUUCGAAUGAAUAUUUGCGGUUAUUGUAAUCACACAAUUGAUUCAUCUCCUAUGUGGGCACUUGGAAGAACAUGGCAUCCCGAACAUCUUUUAUGUGCUCAAUGUGAAAAACCUAUAGAUCCUAAUAUAGGUCAUGUUGAACGUAACAACAAAAUAUAUUGUCCUUCGGAUUUCGCUGAUUUAUUUUUACCGAAAUGCCGAAGUUGCGGUCUGCCAGUAGAACGAGAGGCUGUGAGUGCUAGUGAUGGCAAAUUGGAGGGAAAAUGGCAUGUGAACUGUUUUGGAUGUCAUACGUGUCAUAAACCUUUCCCCGACAGAUCUUUUUACGUAUUCGAGAAUGCACCUUAUUGUAAACGUCAUUAUCACGAACUAAAUAAUUCUCUCUGCAGAAAUUGCGAUGAACCUAUUGAAG